UCCAUUCUGCCUUAAGCAGCGGUCUAAACAAACCAAGACUAGCUCACCAAAGUAUCUGACAAAACACAAACAUGGCGCCUACUUGCACCGACAGCUACCGAUAAAAGAGUGUCGCGAACAAGUGGGAAACAAAGUUUUCAGAUAUUAUCGAAGUGCACCCACUUUGUGUCUUCAGUGGUGGAUUUGGUAAUGUAAAACACGAACGGAAUAGCUCGAGCUGGUGAAAGCUGCAAGUUGCCUACAUGUCAACAUUGUCUCUUGUAGUGUUGUAAAGAGCUGGCACACCCAGCCAUGAUCGAGGACAAGGGUCACCGUGUGACCGACUACUUUGUGGUGGCCGGGUUGACAGACAAGUCCACGCCCCUGGAGCAGGACCUGUCGGAGACAAAGUCCAGCGGGCCCAAGGCGCCCAUUACUGACCUGGCCAUCAUCAACAAGUCGGCGGGCGAGACUGUGCCGGAGGGCUUCACCUGCAUCGACAGCACCUACAGUGGGCAGCAGGCCAACCUCAACCACGGCAGCCUUAAGAGCCACGAGCUGUUCCUCUGCUACAAGAGGGGCCGCGACAAGCCCCCGCUCAUCGAUAUUGGGGUGUUAUACGAAGGGAAGGAGCGUCUCAUCCAGGGCUGUGAGGUCAUUCAGGCCACGCCGUACGGCCGCUGUGCCAACGUCAACAACAGCUCUGCCACCUCGCAGCGCAUCUUCAUCACCUUCCGCCGUGCGCCGCCCGUCCAGCCCCAGAACUCACUGGCCGUCACCGACAUCUGCGUCAUCGUCACUAGCAAGGGCGAGACGCCGCCGCACACCUUCUGCAAGGUGGACAAGAACCUCAACUGUGGCAUGUGGGGCUCCAGCGUUUUCCUGUGCUACAAGAAAUCAGUGUCGGCGUCCAAUUCCAUCAAUUACAAAGCCGGCCUCAUCUUCCGCUACCCAGAGGAUGACUAUGAGUCCUUCCCCCUGUCUGAGUCUGUGCCCCUGUUCUGCCUCCCCAUGGGGGCUAAGAUCGAGUGCUGGGCCCCCAACACACGCUACCCUCUGCCCGUCUUCUCCACCUUUGUGUUAACCAACUCCUCUGGGGAAAAGGUGUACGGCGCAGCCAUCCAGUUCUACGAGGCCUACCCCAUAGAUCUCCUCAGUGAGAAGCAGAAGGUGCAGCUGGGCCUGCUCACCACCGUGGAGAAGAUGAUGAUCCCCAACCGGACGGUCAACACCAACAAGUGCAUCUGCCUGCUCUCCCGCUGGCCCUUCUUCGAGUCUUUCCGCAAGUUCCUCAUGUUCCUCUACAAGCUGUCCGUCUCGGGCCCCCACCCGCUGCCCAUCGAAAAGCACAUCUCGCACUUCAUGCACAACGUGUCCUUCCCCUCACCUCAGAGGCCCAGAAUCUUGGUCCAGCUCUCUGCACAUGACACCUUGAUGCUCGCACAACCUGUGUGCACUCCUCUGCCUCUCAGUGGGGCAGACUACAGUACGUUGCUGAUGAACCUGGGCUCAGAGAACUGUGCCACGCUGCUGCACUUUGUCCUGCUGGAGAGUAAGAUCCUGCUUCACUCCCUGAGACCCGCUGUACUCACCGGGGUAGCAGAGGCCGUAGUGGCUAUGAUCUUUCCAUUCCAGUGGCAGUGCCCGUACAUCCCCCUGUGCCCCCUCUCCCUGGCGGGGGUCCUCAAUGCCCCCUGUCCCUUCAUCGUGGGCGUGGACUCCCGCUACUUUGACCUUUAUGACCCCCCGCCGGACGUGGUCUGUGUGGACCUGGACACCAACACUAUUUACCUGUCUGAUGAGAAGAGACACAGUAACUGGAAAAACCUCCCAAAGAAACCCUGCAAGAGUCUGUUUACCUCCCUGACCAACCUGCACCACCAGUUGGGCAUCGUGCGUCGGACAGCCCAAGAGGGAUUGGCAGUGGAGAUGACCCCCAUCGAGGCGGACUUCACCUGGCACAAGAAGAUGACCUCCCUGGAGAUGGAGAUCCAAGAGGCCCUGCUGCGCUUCAUGGCCAACAUCCUGAAGGGCUACCGCUAUUACCUAAAACCCAUCACCCAGGCCCCCUCCGAGAAGGCCACCUCCGCAGACUCACUAUACGACUUACAGGGGUUUCUGAAGAGCAGGGAGCGCACCCACCAGAAGUUCUACUCCCAGCUGACCAAGACUCAGAUCUUCAUCCGCUUCAUCGAGGAGUGCACGUUCGUCAGCGACAAGGACACGGGCCUGGCCUUCUUCGAUGACUGCAUUGAGAAGCUAUUUCCCUCCGAUAAAGGCAGUGACAAAGGCACUAAGGUGGAGGGUGAGUCCUCAGAGGACACCAAGCUUAUGGAACUAGACGAAUCACAGAAGAGCGAGCACACGGUCUUCGUCAUGCCUCCAGAACCCCCUGCCACUGAGGAUGGGUCUGACCCCCCUGCCUACUACAGUUAUAAGAGUUUUCCUCGGUUGCGUUUGGACCUGUUUGACCGCCCCAGGGAGGUGAUACCAGCGCUGAGGAGUAGUACACCAGGGGCCAGCCUGUCCAACAGCCCUGCACUACUGGCCAAGAGGACCAAGCAGGAGAUCAAGCUGGCCUACAAGAUGGCCAAGCGCUUCUACUCCAACCCUCCGCUGUGGGCCAAGUGUCUGUUCAGCCACUGCUACAGCCUGUGGUUCAUCUGUCUGCCCGUGGGGGUGAGGCUGGCCCAGUCCAAGAGCUGGGCCAUGCAGCAGGCCUACAACGUCCUGCUGAAAAUGAGGACCUCUGAGGUGGAGGUGCUGGAUGAGGUGUGUUACCGUGUAGUGAUGCAGCUGUGUGGCGUGUACGGUCAGCCUGUCAUGGCCGUCCGUGUUCUGGUGGAGAUGAAGAAGGCGGGAGUGCACCCUAAUGCUAUCACCUAUGGAUACUACAACAAGGCUGUUCUGGAAGGCCCCUGGCCCAGUCGGAACCGAAGCGGUCUCUUCAUGUGGGCCAAGGUGCGCAACGUGGCGCGCGCUGUCUCUCAAUUCAAACAGGCAGUCCACCGGACGCCCGCCAUGAAUGGACCCACCAUCAUCACGACAGGAAGUGAUAUUGGCCAAUCAGUGGGCGGCUCGGCGAGCAGCGACGGCGACCGGCUGAGCCACUGGAGUGUGGACAGCUCCAGCGAGGCGAAUGGAGAGGAUCACAAGCUGUUCGCACGCAGCCUCAUCAUAGGAGACGCCACGGACAACCACUGCAGCAGAGGAGUUCAGUCUGAUCAAGGCUAUGGCUCUAAAGAUGAGUUGCAUCAGGACCUAGUGGAUUUGGCUCAAUCAGCAGCCCUUGUAAUCGCCGUGGAUCAGUGCAGCAAGCCCAAAGCACAGCACAACGGUGGGGACAUAGCUGGCUCGUUGGACAGUGCAGUGGUUGUAUUGGAGCCCCCCGGCCCUGUUAAAGCCCUCCCACAUGUCCCUAGCAUCGUCAAGCUGUCCACAGGGGCGAGUUUUGAUACCGCUUUGAAGAGAGGAGACACUGCCCCUGGGAAGCUGUUCUCUCUGCGCAGCCAGAGCGAGGACGUCUCCCUGCUGGAGGAGGGUAAGUCUGCAGCCCCGGGUGGCUCCGGGGUGGCGGGGCCUGCAGUCCAGGGGCAGGUCCAGCGCCAGAAGGCCUUCUCGGAGCGCAGCUGCAGCUUCAGUGCCGAGAGCCGUGCCGGCAUGCUGAUGGAGAAACAUGGUGUGGACCACAUCGCCAGCCGCAUGGGCGCAGAUGCACGGAUCUUGGCGGCGGCUCUCUCUGGGGGCGGCACCAACCCCCCGCCUACAAAGCCGCUUCCCAGUGCGGCCAAAGCCCUUUUUAAGGACCUGGAGUUGGAGUCUGAGGAGGGGCGGGGUCCGACUCUGGGGAAACUGUCAGAGGAGGAGGGGCCAGUAAAGGACCCAACCCCACUGGAGGAGGAGGAGGGGAUAUGGAAAGAGGAGAAGAGGAUGAAAGGUGGCAGGAAGGAGGCAGGAGAAAAGGAUGAGAUUGGUCUAAAGUUGGAGGAGGAAGAUGAGGAAAGAGAUUCAGGGGGGAGGGGCUCUAUCUCUCUGCCAACCUUGGAGAUUAAGGAGGUGCAGGUAGGGGCAGACCCCCUCUCCCUCCUUGUCUCGGAGCACGAGGAGUUAGCCUCCGUAACCAGUCAGGAGCUGCCGCAAUCCCUGCCUGCCGUGGUGUCCCGAAACCUGGCCGACGAGAUUGAGAUGUACAUGAGCCUCCGGAGCCAGCUUGGCCCCAAAUCCUGUAGCAUGGAGCUCCACCAGGGGGGCCAGGGAGGGGACUCUUCCCCGGAUGCUGCCCCAGUGACGCAACCUCUAGAACGGAGGUCCAGCCUCCCCAUGCCCCCUGUCAAACACCCAGGGGGGUCAAGCGGGGACACGACGCCUAAACACAGCCCCGCAGCCGUCACACGCUCCAAGACCUUCGCUGUGAAGGCCUCCAGGAGCCCUGCCUCUUCCAGGGGUGUUGUGGCCAACCCAAGGUCAUCGUCGCUGACUGCGCUGGUGAGGUCGUCACAGAGCGGUUCGCUGGGCUCGGUCAUCAACUCCAUCUCGGGCAUGAAGAUGGACGCCCUGCUCUCGGGUCCCAAGAUGGACGUGUUAAAGUCAGGCAUGAAGCAGGCAGGGAACCUGGCCAGCAAGGUGUGGGGAGCCGUGGCCUCAGCCUACUCUUACUCCGACGACGAGGAUGAGCUGGGCCCGGGCUAUAGGGAUAGGGACAGUUUCCCUGCUGGGCUGGAUGAGUCCAUGCUGUUGGGGGGUGGAGGAAGGGACAGUCCCACCCACAGAGGGCCCACCCAAGGCCUGGUGUCCAACGGCCUGACCCAGAGCAGCACCAGCCUGGGCAGCAGCAGUGGGAGCAGCGACACAGGGAGAGGACCCCACUCCACACAUGUGACUCCAGGAAGGCCAGGCAGAGGUCCAGACUCUGAGAGGUCAGACCAAGGCUCCCACCACGCCAGCUCCUCUAGUAUCUACCAGAACUGUGCCCUGGAGGUGCUGAUGUCCAGCUGCUCCCAGUGUCGGUCCUGUGAGUGUCUGGUGUACGAUGAGGAGAUCAUGGCAGGCUGGACGGCAGAUGAUUCCAACCUCAACACCACCUGUCCCUUCUGCCGCACCGCCUUCCUGCCCCUGCUCCACGUUGAGUUUAACGACCUGCGCACCACCACAGGGUUCUACCUGAAUCCCAGUGCAUCAGGAGACAGUAUCCACAGCACCAGCCACCAGGCCACAGCCACGGACUCCACCGAGAACAAGGUGGGGGGUGCAGUGGACACCCCGCCCCCGGACCUCAUCAGCUUCCCAGAAUCUGAGGACCCAGGAGAGGCCCCGGCCAGCCAGACUGCCACGCACAAGAGUUUGGUACCGGAGCCGGCUCAGUCGGACCCCCUGGGCCUGCUGGAGCACCAGGCAGGGAAGAGGGGGACGUCUCUGACACGCAGCAACAGCGUGGGCGGGCCUCUACAGAGCCUGGUUGACCAGAGACAACCAGAACAUAGUGUUUCCACCACCAGCUUGCCCUGCAGCCUGACAGAGAUGGAUGGCCUGGGACAGAAGCGGUCCAACCCAAUGCCAGUGUCUGUGCCCUACCUCAGCCCCCUGGUCCUCCGCAAAGAACUAGAGACCCUACUGGAGAACGAGGGAGACCAAGUCAUCUACACCAACAAGUUCCUGAGCCAGCACCCCAUCAUAUUCUGGAACCUGGUGUUUUAUUUCCAACGCCUGGACCUGCCCAGCUACCUGCCUGGCCUCAUCCUCACCUCAGAACAUUGCAACAAUGGAGUACAGCUCCCCCAGACAUCCCUGUCUCAGGACAGUAAACAGGUGUAUGUUCAGCUGCUGUGGGACAACAUCAACCUGCACCAGGAACCUGGGGAUCCCCUCUACCAGAGCUGGAGGACCCUGAUGGAGAAGAAGGGCACCCUGGCCCCCACGGACUACCAGGAGACACGGACCCUCCUGAACAGCAUCGUCCGCAGCAUCCAGACCAACGACGUCUACGGCCCAAUCAACCUGCUCCUCCGGGAGGUCAAGAGGAACCCAGAGGUCAAACGCCAAAGGGGUAUCUAUAGGGAGAUCCUCUUCCUGGCGCUGGUGGCAUUGGGACGGGAGAACAUUGACGUCGAGGCCUUUGACCGUGAAUACCGCCUGGCCUUUGAUGAGCUGAGCCCAGAGCAGCUCAAGGCCCUGCACAAGAUUGACCGGCCACCCAACAGCAACGUCCAGUGGUGCCUCAAGUGCUUCGGUGCGCCAGUCAUCUGAUUUGGCCACUGCUGCCAUCUGCUGGACGGUCUGAUGACCUCACUCACUCACACUGUGGAGAAAAGCAGAGAGAGGAGGCCGAGAGAAAGAAACUUGAUGGGUGGUGAGGGUGUAAGGGAGAAUUUUGUACAGAUAAUUUUUGCACCUUCAUAUCACCCAAAGAUGGUACUUUUUAACCCUCUCCCGAAAGGCUCUUUUGUUGUUCUUUCUGCUUCUUGCAGCUUUUCCCGCGGGUCGCUUGUAACUCAAAUACUUAUUUAUGUAAAUACUCUGGAAGGUCAGGAAAAGAGCCUUGUUCUUUAUAAAAUGGUGUGUUUCUUUACCGAUGGUGUAGAGAGAAUGAAUGUUGCUUGUACAGAGUGUUAAUUAGUCCCUUUUACGAUUGAGUAUGCGUGUAUGUCUCACUGCCCUGUCCUGAGUGGCCUUGCUCCAGCUCUGUCUUACUGUCCUAUAGCCCCAGGGUCUGACCCCUACACCCCUGGCCCUAGAACCACCUUGUAGUAUCCUAGUAGACAAUUCACCCAUGGACAGAAAUCUGAUCAUCACUGUCAUUGAAAUGGUAGCUUUACCAGUCUGAUGGUUGUCUUUUUUUGUACAUAUUUUUCUACAUGGGGGGUGCCUUGAUGAUGAUGAUUUCUACAGAUUCAGUCUUAACUAAUGUUAUUGUGUCAUUGUGGAUGUUUGUCUCUCAAUGCAAUUCAUUUUUGAGAAGUAGAUUUCUCUCGUUUUGUGUAAAUAAGUGUUGGCGAUCAGUUCGAGAACAUUCCAGAACCCUGCACACGUGUCUUAAAAGAAAAGCCAGAACUAAAUUAGGUUUUAUUCUUACAACAUAGACAUCCCAAUGGGAGAGAAAAGGAAUCCGUCGCAGAAUACUCAAAACCUAGAAUGUUCCAGGUUUAGCCACCAGCCAUUUUGGGGCUAAAAAUCUAAUGUAACCAUGAAUAGGAAGGGAACUGAGAUGCCAAACUACUGAAGUGCAGCUCUUUCCUUCUCCUUCCAUCGCUCCAUCCCCAUGCCUUAAGCAAAAGACGAGAGCCGUUCUCUCACAGGGAAAGAAACCAUGGUAAGUUACUGUGGUGCCUCAGUAGUAGUGACAAGACAGUCAGUCCGUGUAAUGUUUUUAACAAUUUUAUUUUUAACUGCAACGUACAGUUCAACUAUUAUGGUAAUAUAUGCUUUCAUGUGAUUAAAUAUCUGCUUGUGUACAUGCUUGGGUUACUCCAUAAUCAUAGACCAUAAUAUAUAGACACGAUAUCUGACUGGCAUAGAAAUAUGCCUCCCUUUUGAAAGCUUAACCAUCAUGAAGCAUUGUAGUUAAGGCAAAUACUGUUCGCUUAGGAUAAGCUAGCUUUUAAGGUUUACAUAUUAGUGUGGUCUGCUUUAAUUAAUUUUGUCACGUCUCUUGUUUUUCAUUUAUUGUGAAUGGAAUAUCAACUUUGACAUUGAACAGCGGAAGAGACUUUACACAGCACAUAAAAGGGCUCAUUCAAACAGGAGAAAUAUGCCCAGGGCCUGUAGGAGUGAGUGUUGAUCUAGGAUCAGGUCUACACCUGUCCAUAAUCUUCAUUAUUAUUAUCUAAAAGGCUACAUUUAUCCUAGAUCAGCACUCCUACUCUAAGACGCUUUUAGAAUACGGACCCAGAUGACAUUACAGAAAGUAUCAUAACUCCUACUACAACGGCUCUACCCACCAUGUUGUAGGACAAUGGUUAGAGGUGGUCCUUUUUAGAUAUAAAUGCGAGAGUCACACACAAGUGUGAAUAUUCUCUAUGUAAAGUUGUCAGAUUGCACUGCUUAGAUUAGUACAUUAUUUAACCCCAAUAGGGAUAAUCUGUUCCAACAUUUUAGAGGUUAAACGUCAAACUUUACACCACGUAACAUUUCAUUUACCACCCAUUUCUUUCCAAAACAGAAAAUGUGAUGACAAAAUCUAAAACCUCCAGGAAACCUAAACCUAAAUCCAACUAUUAUUAUAACAUUUGAACAUAUGGACUACAGAACAUGUAUCAAUCCAAUCACAGUGGUGUUAUACAUUUGAUAACUAACUUCUCCUUGUAUCUAAACGAUUUCACCAUAUAUGACAUCGUACAUUUGAGCAUUUCCCUAUUGGCUAAAAGUUUAUGAUGUGCUUGCCAGAGGAUCUAUAGAAAAUACUGUACUAUACAAAAUGGUUCAAUCAACUCUUCCGUCCUGUGGAAUGCUUGUGAAUGUCUAUACACUAUUGUACUGCAAUAAAUGAGUUGUGACCUGAUUCAAAACAAA